AUGAACAAAUAUCUGCAAUAUUUAUUAACCGCGGGGAGCUCAGAGAGGGGCUAUGAUCCCUACAAUCCAGAGCUUCCGAGGCCCUCGCUGGAGGUGGAGGAUGACGCUCUGGCUGACAUUACAGAUGUGACACCUGGUAUUCUGGAGUUGGAGCUGGUCAACAAGGCUAUUGAGGCAGUCAAAAAUGAAGUUGAGAGAGAGCAGAAAAAGUAUGAGGAGCUGCUAGAAACGACAAAGGAGUUCAGUACUUCAGAGGCCACCUCGCUUAUUUCAAAUACGCCUGUGUCAGCUGCUGGGACACAAAAUGAUUCAUUUAAUUCCUUAGAAUAUAAUCCAGGUAGCUACAACUUUAAUAAUAACUCGGAGUACAACCCUACUCCUCUUGCUGCUGCUAGCCAGUCAAGUAAAUACACUUUGGAUACUUCUCGAUGUAAAGGUAGCUCACUGGAAUAUGUUCCCAAGGCUGUAGUACAGAAUAAAAAAUACAGUAGCACUGUAACUAACAAUAAAUAUGUGAUUGAUGACUCUAAGCCUUCUACAGACUUGGAAUAUGACCCACUUUCAAAUUACUCAGCCAGACUUUUGAGCAAAAAGGAGCCAAAGGGGUCUAAAAGGGGUAGAGUGUCUAGCUAUGAGGAAUCUUAUUCUCCGUCACGAAAGAAGCUCUGUGAAGUACCCGAUGACUAUGAAGUGUACGCCAGGUUCUCUUCUUCUGAAGAUGAGGCUGAUAAGCCAGCUUCUGUUAGUUCACAAUCAAAAGCUGGUUCUGAAAGUGAAUCAAGUGACGGGUUAUCCAACAAAGAGCAGAGCUCUAAACUGGAUGACUUUGCUUCCCAGGACAGCAAAGAAGCGGCAGCGCAAUAUGGCAUGGAGGACCUUCCAAGUUCACAGAAGAAUCUUGCCAAAAACUUAGCAGACAAGAACGCAAAAGCAGCAAAAUUGUGUUCUGGUAAGAAUGACCAGGAAAUUGAAAAUAAAAACAAAGACUCAAAAGACAAAACAAAAAAGAAGAAAUCAGAUGGUAGUAAAACACCUGGCCUCAGUGAGGUCAGUAAAAAGGAGAAGAGUAAAAAUACAGAAAAAGACAAAAUGCUCAAGAAAGAAGAAAAAUUAAAAUCCAAGAAUGAUGAGAAAAACUAUAAAGAUAAAAGUGUCAAAGUAAAAGCCGAUGGGAAUUUAAAGAAACCUGAAAAACAAAAGUCAGAAAAAGUAGAUGGGCUGAAGAAAGAAAAAUCCAAGUCUGCCAGCAGUAGUUCAGGGAAAAGCAAGAGUGAGGGUGUCAUCAAAGGCUCCAGUACGGAGAAGUUGGGGAACAGCAAAAAGGACUCCAAACUGAGAGCAGCUGACUUGAAAAAUGGUAAGGAAACAUCUAGUUGUAAAAAGAAAGAGCAAGGGACCAAAACUCCAGCACCAGAGCGAAAGAAAGAAAAGGUCCGUUCUGCAGAAAAAGGGGAUCCAAAGAAGGGUCGGAAGCAGCAGAGUUUGAGUCACGUUGACCUGUUUGGUGAUGAGAGCGGGGAUGAUGAUGACAAAGGCCGGCCUUUGCCGUCCACGUUACUUGAUGUGAACUCAGACUCGGAUGGCAAUGAUUGUGGUUCGGACUCUGAGAGUGAAAAUGAAGGGACAAAGAAAGUGAAGCGCUCUAAAUUGUCAAAGUCUUCGUCGUCUUCCUCAACAUCUGAUGACAUUGAUUAUUCCAUCCUUGAGAAAGACUUGGACUUUGAGUCAGAUCCAAUGGAAGAGUGUCUCAGGAUUUUUAAUGAAUCUACAGAUGUGAAAACUGAAGACAAGGGGAGGCUGGGGAAGCAGCUGUCCAAAGAGGAAGGAAAUGAAGAAAAGACAGAAGAUAAUUUAACUACCUUGUUCCCUGGCCAAAAAAGAAGGAUCUCUCAUCUUGUCAAGCAAGGAAACGCAGAGGUCCCGAGCAAGCCCGUAGUCCGGCCGUACCGUCCCCUCACCGCGCAGGAGGUCUGUUACCAGAGGAUCCAGCUGGCUCAGCAGCAGGCGGCACAGCUGGCUGUGGCCGUUCAAAAGGCCUCUCUUUCUUUGCCAGGAGAAAAGAAGAGGAUUGCUCACGUGCCAAAUGCAGCCCUUUCCGCAGCAGCCAGACAAAGCCUUGUGAGCAGUAAGACGACUGCUGCUGGCAGGAGUGUCACACCUUCCAAUGACUCUGAAGCACCCACGCUUCCUCUGAAGGCUUGCACCUUAGCUGGGAUGGCUUCAAAGACCACCAGCACUGUCGUGCCAAAAAGGGUAGCACAUGUUCCCUCCUUACAGAGCACCAGCUUACAGAGGCCUGUUAUUCCCACAGAAUUUGGUGCUAAAGUCCCAACAAACAUUCGUCAAAGAUAUCUCAAUCUCUUCAUUGAUGAGUGCCUGAAAUUCUGCUCCUCCUCCCAGGAAGCAUUUGACAAGGCUCUGUCAGAAGAGAAGGUGGCUUAUGAACGUAGCACCAGUCGCAACAUCUACCUGAACGUGGCAGUGAACACCCUAAAGAAGCUCCGAAGCCUAGUGCCCAAUUCCCCGUCCAGUACGAACAAGACAAGUAACAAGAAAGUGGUGUCCCAUGAAGCUGUGCUGGGAGGGAAGCUUGCUGCUAAGACAAGCUUUACUCUAAACCGGUCAGGGAGCUUGAGAGCAGAGGAUUUAACAGGAGCUGCCUUGUACCGGCGACUAAAGGAAUAUCUCAUGACUGAGGAGCAGCUCAAGGAAAAUGGUUACCCAAUGCCUCACCCAGAGAAGCCCGGCCGUGCUGUCCUCUUCACUGCAGAGGAGAAGAAAACGCUUGACUCCUCCUGCAGGAUUUGUUGUCGCUGCGGCACUGAGUACAUGGUCUCAGCCUCUGGCAGCUGCAUUCGCAAAGAGGAGUGUGUCCAUCACUGGGGAAGGCUACGCAAGCAGAGAGUGCCAGGUGGAUGGGAAACUCAUUAUAGCUGCUGCUCAGGAGCUGUGGGUUCACCAGGCUGCCAGGUUGCUAAACAACAUGUCCAUGAUGGGCGAAAGGAGAGCCUAGAUGGCUUUGUGAAGACUUUCGAGAAGUUGCCUACGACUGAUGGCUACCCUGGAAUCUACGCCUUAGACUGUGAAAUGUGCUACACGAAGCAAGGACUGGAGCUGACAAGAGUAACUGUGAUUAACUCUGACCUGAAAGUGGUAUACGACACCUUCGUCAAACCGGACACCAAGGUGGUGGACUAUAACACCAGAUUCUCAGGUGUGACAGAAGAAGACCUGGAGAACACUAGUAUCACCCUGCGGGAUGUCCAAGCCGUCCUACUGAACAUGUUCAGUGCAGAUACCAUAUUGAUAGGGCACAGCUUGGAAAGUGACUUAUUUGCACUAAAGCUUAUCCAUGGCACAGUGGUGGACACCGCGAUCGUCUUUCCCCACCGGCUGGGUUUGCCUUACAAGCGGGCUCUCCGGACGCUGAUGGCAGACUACCUCAAGCGCAUCAUCCAGGACAAUGUCGAAGGGCACGACUCCAGCGAGGAUGCCAGAGCUUGCAUGGAGCUGAUGGUCUGGAAGAUCAAAGAAGAUGCUAAAGUGAAACGAUGACUUGCGCUUUCUCUCUCUCCUCUUCCUCCUCCACCUCUUUGAAGCAGUGCAAUAAAUGCCCAGAGUAACACUGUC